UGUACUUUUCCACCCUUUUUUUGGGUACAAAAUCGUCAUUAUAUAACUCGCUGCGACCUCCACAUAUUUUCCAACUCGAAAAUCGCAUUUCUUUUUUCUUGAAUAUUAAUUUUCACCAAAGAAAAAAAAAAAGAAAAGAAAAAGAAAUGGGAUCUCAAUUCAAGAACGGCGGUGAUGAGAUGAUUGAGAGUAGCAAAGAAUUAGCAGUGUCUGAAAAGAACAAAACGCGAGGAUGGGAUUUGCUUCUGAGGGUGGUGGCGGUGGCGUUCAGCUUAGCGGCGGCGGUGGUUCUUGGCCUUGAUAAGCAGACGGCGACGGUGGCAUUGACGCUGGUUCCGACGCUGCCGCCGGUGGAUAUUCCAGUCACCGCUAAGUGGCACUACUUGUCUGCCUCUGUGUACUUUGUGGUGGCAAACGCAGCAGCAUGUGCCUAUGCAGCCAUCUCAUUGCUCCUUCUAUCAGGUGGGAAAAGGAGGGUUGUUACGAUGAUCGUGGUUUUUGACCUAAUGAUAGUAGCGCUGCUCUUUUCUAGCUUGGGGGCCGUCGCUGCUGUUGGCGUUAUUAGUCUUAAGGGAAACGCGCACGUACAAUGGCAUAAGGUUUGCAGCGUGUUCGGUAAAUUUUGCAACCAGGGGGCGGCAGCUAUCGGCCUGUCCGGUGUUGCUUCGAUGGCGUUCUUGGUGUUGGUAUCCGUUGCAAUCUUGGAGCUGCACAGGAAGCGCUAGGUUAGUCUGUUGGACAUGCAUGGGCGAGAGUGAUGAGGUUAUUUAUGUAGUGAGAGUAAUUAAAACGGGUUUUUAAAUGUAACUAAGUAUAUAUCCUGCAAGUACUAAGCUAUUGUUGUUGCUAUUGUUAUUAUUAUUAUGGAUAAUUACAGUUGCACUCUUCUAUUUA